AUAAGUAGAUAUGUUUGCCAUUAGCUAUCCAAUAUCACUUCCAUUUUUCUGCUCCAAUUCCUCUCUACAAUAAAAACAAUUCCCAUUUUUACAAUUUUCAUGCGUAUUCUUAUCAAAACAAAAAUAUAAUUUUUUUUACAAAACAUGGUGUCAUUUGCAGUCAAAAUCUUGAUUUAAAAAAGCCACAUUUUCCAGAGUAACUGAAAAAGUCCAAUAGCCAGUAACAGCAGCUUAUUGGGUAAUUUAAAUUUCAAAUCUCAGAUUUUAUUAGAGAAAAACCCUUUUAAAUGGAAACACUGUCUUCAUCUUCUUCAAUGCCGUUUCCAAGAGAACCAGCCAAUUAUGAUGAAAUUGCAAUGCAUCAAAGCUUGCUAUUUUCAGACAGUCUUAAGGAUUUAAAGAAUCUAAGAAAGCAAUUGUACUCAGCUGCUGAAUACUUUGAGUUAUCAUAUACCAACGACGGUCAAAAGCAAAUAGUGGUCGACACAUUAAAAGAUUAUGCCAUCAAGGCUUUAGUCAAUACAGUUGACCAUUUGGGAGCUGUUUCUUACAAAGUUAAUAAUCUAAUUGACGAAAAGAUUGAAGAAGUUUCUGGAACAGAGAUUCAGGUAUCAUGCAUUGAACAGCGACUAAGAACAUGCCAGGGGUAUUUUGAUCAUGAAGGCGUUUCCCAACAGUCAUUGCUAAUAAAUAUUCCCCAGUACCAUAAGAGAUACAUCUUGCCUGCUGAUGAGAUGAUGCAAGAAAGCACCACCACUAUAUUAAAACACCAAGAAUGCAUAGCGGAUGAUGAAGAUGAUCUGCAUGAACAAAAUAUUGAAGUCGAUCAAGCUAUGACCAGUAAUAAGCCCACAACUUUAGUCAGAAAAGAACGAUCUCCAUCUCCUUCUCCACGGACAUCCCAACAACCAGAGUUGUUUUCCUUUGCUGGCACAGUUAGAAGAAAAGAUAUCGAGAAGAGACCAGCUUCACCACAGAGAUUUCCUCUAGUGCAUGCUGGAUCUUUUCCGAGCAGGCCAACCACUCCAAACUCAAGAACGAAUUCAAGAUCUACCAGUCCGAAUCUCAGAUGGCCUACAAACCCAAGCUCAAUCACACGACAACAGCAUCAAGAGCCUAGGAAAUCUGUAUCAAAGGAAAGGAAUGGUGAUCGAGAGAUUUGUAAAGAAGCUGACCAGAUUCCAAGCAAAAGCAAACGUCUCCUCAAGGCACUGCUCAGUAGACGAAAGUCAAAGAAAGAUGAAAUGCUUUACACUUACUUGGAUGAAUACUAGGUGAAAAUUGCUUCUUGAAUGUAGCUACAUAUGUGAGACUGUGAGAGCAAGAGGCCCUUUACAUCUCUUAGUCUGCCCGAUAAUUCAUGUGUAUGUUCUUGUAAGGUUUAAUAGCUGCAUUAUGCACCUCACCUAUUAUGCAUCUCACCUUUGAAAAUGGAGAUCCGUAGAUGUGAUUAUUAGAAGGAAUAGGCAUAUAGAUAUAUAUCCUUAGGUAAUUGAAGGUUAAUGUAUUUUGUGGCAUUAUAUUAUAAUAUCAAAUCAUUGAAAUGCAGCAGUUCCAAUAUUCUGUCA